GAGUUAGCUGAGCCGCCGCCCGUCGCCCGGGUGCAAGUGCGGGGGACUCCGGUAGAGCUGCGGACUGGCGCCGCUGUCAGAUCUUAAACGAUGCUAACGUCUCCCAAUGCCAGCGGCCUGAGCCGGUCAGCAGUCACAGUGCCAUCCCUGUGUUGCCCUGGUGAUUGACCCCAGAGUCUGAAGGGUGCGUUGCCAUGGCGACCAAGGCAGGGGACGACCCGGACAGCCUCAUGGCUCUGUGUACAGUGUUUUGUCUGAAGAACCUGAGAAGAACCAUGUGCUACACUGGCGACCAGAACAAACUCUGCCUGCGGCCAGACGUGUUCCUGCCCAGUGAGAUCUGUGAUAAGCUUGUUAAUGUAUACAUGGAGCUAGUCCACACAGACAGUGACUUUGAGUUGCAGGAUGGGUUUUUCCAGUUGUUCUGUGACCCAUGCAGCACUCGGUUAACGCAGCUGCACCUCAGAGAGGACUUUGUGCGGGACAAGGACCUGGAGGCUAUCGCAAAACAGGACUUGAUCGAGCUGCACCUGACGUCCUGUACCAGCCUGAGCGCGCGGAGUCUGCGGACACUGUCCUGUUUCCGACACUCGCUGGUGUCCCUCAGCCUGUUCGGCUGCACCAAUGUCUUCUUCCACAGGGCGCGCGUACCGCUGGCCUGCGGCGAGGACGAGGACGAGGACGAGGAAGACCAGCUGCCCAGGCACACCCUAGCCUCUGACUUCACCUUCCAGGGCUUUGGCAGGCUUCGACUGCUGAACGUGGGGGGUCUAGCGGCCGAGGUGGACGUGGAGACCCUGCUCAAGCCUCUGCCUGCGCUCACCUCGCUGGACCUGUCCGCCGUGCACCUGCCGCGCCCUGCCUUCCUGGCCCAGUGGAGGGAUAGGCUGGGAUCGCUGGUCCUCUACAACGUGGACCUGAGCGAGGAGCUCAUCAGAACCGUGGUGCGUCUGAACCACCUGAGGCACUUGGACAUCUCCCGCGAGAGCCAGCGAUCCUCCAAAUUCAAGAUGACCAGGAAGAUCCUGACAGCCGUCGUGCAGGGUUUGGGGAACCUCGUCUCUCUCGACAUCUCUGGGCACAUCAUGCUGGACAACUGUACUGUGCCUCACUUUGAGGAGGCAAUGGGACGCCCGAGCAUGGAGCCGUGUAAGAGCAGUAUCUAUCCGUUCCAGGAGCUGAAGAGGCCACUACAGUUUUUGGGCCUGUACAACACCACACUCUGCAACGUCACACACAUACCUGCUUAUAAGGUGACAGGCUCUAAGAAUGAGGACCAGGUGCUCAAUGCCAUAGAAGCAUACAGAGAGUAUCGGCCAGAGCUGGCACACCGAGCCAUUAACCAGCUGUUUGACAUUGCUAGAAUACAGCACUGCAACCAGCUGCUCAGAGCACUACAGCUGGUGAUCGGCGCUCUGAAGUGUCAUAAGUAUGAUAAGAGCAUCCAGGUGACGGGCAGUGCUGCUCUCUUCUACCUGACCAACACGGAGUACCGCAACGACCAGAGUGUGCGCCUGCGCAGAGAGGUCAUAGAGGUCGUGCUCAACGGCAUGGAGCAGUACCAGGAGGUCACGGUCCAGAGGAAUUGCUGUCUGACUCUGUGUAACUUCAAUAUUCCCGAGGAGCUGGAGUUCCAGUACCACCGGGUCAACAUGCUUCUGCUGAAGAUUCUAGAACCGGCCCGGCAGGACGAGUCCAUUCAGCGAAUUGCCGUGCACCUGUGCAACGCCCUCGUCUGCCAGGUGGACAACGACCACAAAGAGGCCGUUGGCAAGAUGGGCUUUGUUAAGACCAUGCUGAAUUUAAUACAGAAGAAACUUCAGGACAGAAUGUGCGAUCAGGUGAUGGAGUUCUCAUGGAGCGCUCUGUGGAACAUCACGGAUGAGACGCCUGACAAUUGUCAGAUGUUCCUCAACUGCAGUGGCAUGGACCUGUUCCUGGAGUGUCUGCAGGAGUUCCCGGAUAAACAGGAGCUGCACCGGAACAUGCUGGGGCUUCUGGGUAAUGUGGCAGAAGUGAAGGCGCUCCGACCUCAGCUGCUCACCAGCCAGUUCAUCACCGUCUUCAGUAACCUGUUGGACAGCAAGGCAGAUGGUAUCGAGGUGUCCUACAACGCGUGCGGGGUGCUGUCUCACAUCAUGUACGACGGGCCAGAGGUGUGGGCGCUGGGCGAGCCUGACAGAGUGCAGGUCAUGGAUAAAAUGUGGGACGCCAUCCAGAGCUGGGACGUCAGCUCCCGCCGGAACAUCAAUUACAGAUCAUUUGAGCCUAUUCUUCGUCUCCUUCCUCAGAGUAUUUCUCCGGUCAGUCAGCACUGGGCGACCUGGGCCCUUUAUAACCUGGUGUCUGUCUACCCCAAUAAGUACUGUCCAUUAUUAGUGAAGGAGGGAGGCAUCGGACUACUGGAGAAAGUUCUAGAGCUGGAGUCUUCACAGAGAGAAACCAAGGACAUGGCACGCAAGGUGAUGGAACAGUGUGAGAAUUUUAAGGAGGAUCCCAUGGAUACCAGCAGGUAAAUGCUGCGGACCAGGAGAUUUGCGUGUCACCCCCAAGGUCCACCUUAAACCACGUGGCCAGCUAACCCCUCCCAGGAUCUGUGCGACCGCGUCUCCUCUCUGCAGUUGAAUGUGUGUGUUGGAAGCAGGGGGUGGCCCUCGGCCUCACCUCUCUGACAAACCUCUCCUCCUGUGAAGACAAGCCUUGGCCUGAUACACUACAGGAAGUGGAGAAUAUCUGCACAGGAGAGAGUGUGUGUGAGUGUGGGUGUGAGUGUGGGUGUGAGUGUGGGUGUGAGUGGGUGUGUGAG